CCACCAAGAGAACUGUGGACAUUGCAGGAGCGACAUGGUGAAUCCUUCAAAUGGCCAUCCUGUCGACGGAUGCUGUUCUCGCUCUCUUCGCCGACCUGGAGUUUUUGCCGCGAAAUGGACGCGUUGUCACGUCGCCACUUCUACCCCAACGCGACUCCGAAUCGCGCACAUCUCCAUCUGCCCGCCAGCGACAAGCCUUCCUCUUUCUCCAAGCGCUUGAAAGAUUUUCUGCAUAAAUCCCUACUUAGGAUUGACAUGUGCUGAUCGUCGUAGUUGGAAACCGCCAGGCGAAAGAUCGUCGGCGAAAUUUUAGCCUACCUCC